AUGAAUUUUCGCAGUGUAAAAAAUUUGUCCAGACGUAAAAUAGCUCCCCAUUCGGAUGUCCGGGUGGGAGCUACCCUGCAGGAUACAUGUGAGAAGAACAAAACGCAAAGAAUAGGAACGUGGAAUGUACGAACAAUGUUGAAAACAGGCAAGCUGGAAAAUAUAAAAAUAGAAAUGAAAAGACUAGAUAUAGACAUAUUAGGAUUAUGCGAAAUACGUUGGCCAGAUAAUGGUGACUUCUGGUCUGACGACAUCAGAGUUAUUCAUACAAAUAGUACAAGAGGACAAGCCGGUGUUGGUAUUGCUCUCAAUAAGAAGUGGGGUAAAAGAGUUACAAAUGUUGUGACCUAUAGUAGCAGACUAUGUUUGAUCAAAAUAGAGUCAACACCAAACAACCUUGUAAUUAUACAAGUUUAUAUGCCAACGUCAAAAGCAGAUGAUGAAGAAGUGGAAGAAGUGUAUGCAGGCAUUGAAGAGCUAAUACAACAUACUAAACCACACGAUAACGUAAUCAUCAUGGGAGACUUUAAUGCUAUAGUUGGAAAAGGCAGGGAAGGUAGAGAAGUCGGAGACUUCGGUUUAGGUAAGAGAAAUGCAAGAGGAGAAAGAGUAGUGAAGUUUUGCAGAGAAAAUGGUAUGAUUAUAACAAACACCAGAUUUCAAAACCCUAAGAGUAGAAUAUAUACAUGGAAAAUGCCAGGUGAUAUUGCCCGCUACCAAAUAGAUUACAUACUGGUAAAAAAUCGAUUUAAAAAUCAAGUUAAAUUCUGUAAAACAUAUCCGAGUGCUGAUUGUGACAGUGAUCACAAUAUAGUAAUAGCGAAAUGUGAACUUAGAUAUAAAAAACCACAAAGAAGAAAAGUACAGCAAGACAAUUAUAAUGUUAGAUUACUUAAGAGAGCGGAGAUUGAGAAAGAAUAUGGACGUUAUAUGGAUAUCGAAUACCAAAAACAAAAUGUAGAUGAUCCGCCGAAUAAAAAUUGGAAGAACAUAAAAUCAGCUAUUAAAAAAGCGGCGGAUUCUGUGCUAACAAAAAAAGAAAAUAAAGAACCCAGAAGAGCAUGGAUUGACAAGGAAAUAGUAAAACUUAUAGAUGAAAGACGAAAAUAUAAAAACAAUAACACGAGAGAAGGACAACAGAAGUAUCGUCAACUAAGGAACCAGGUUAAUCGAUAA